AUGGAUAUGGAAGUUUUGGAAAAUAUUAAAGAAGAAGAGAAGCGCUCACGGUUCUUCACUAGGAUGCCCAAUGAACACUAUAUGGUUGAAGCAAAAUUAAUUUUGGGUGCAGCAGCAGAAGAUAUCCCAAGGGCUUCGGAAAUCAAAACUAUGAUAAAAGACAUAUGGGACAUUAGAAUGUCUAAAUUAAGGACAUCCAUGGAUGCCCUCAUGAAAUCCGGUGGCAGUUAUGGUAGAUUAGAUCAUUUGACAAUGAUGGAAAUUAACUCAGUGAAACCUUUACUACCAGAGGCUAUGGAUGAGCUAUAUAGGAUUAAAAUGAUGGCGAGAAAAACAUACCUCCUAGCU